CACUUGGCAGGAGUGAUUCCGAUGGAGAGGGUGUAUGAUCUCCAGUUCUAUGCGGUGCGGCUUCAUCAGAUGAUCCUGUUGUUAAGAACUGUGGGGUUGGGUGUAUUCAAUAUGAGAUUCAAAUGAGAACAUUCAAAUAAAGACAGACAGACACAAAUAUGUGUGUGUGAGCGAAUAUCAUACGUUCAAGACUGCACUGAAACCAGCGCUCCCCUUAUCCGAAGAUCAGACACUACCGCUGAGCCACAGCCUACCGGACUGUCUCGUGUCCACAUCGGCUGUAGGACCAGCUUUGUUUUCAGCAGGCAAGAACUCCUUUUCAUUUGGGUUCCCUUUUGUCUGUCUCUCAUCGUAAGGUUUUUUAUUUGCACUGCAUUAGAUUACAUGUUCUGUGCGUGUGUAAAGUGGGACAGUAACUGGAUUACAGUGGACUAAUGAAUAUCUUGUAAGAUUGGAUUUGAUACUCACUGAAGAAAGUGGAGCUGCCAAGAUGAAGAGAACAAUCUGUUUUUUUGUUACCCUGACAUGGAUCACGGCCAUUGCAGUGUUUCACUCUUCUUCAUGGAUCUCCUCUGUGUACCAAGAGUCCUUCGCCCCUCAAGAGAACCAAAGUCUUUGUGCAUGUCACAAAUGUUUAACGGAGUAUGAUCCGUGGUUGAGUGGGAUGAUGAAGGCAUCUCCUGAGCCCUUUUUGACACCAAAAACCAACAUCUCAGAGGAUGACUUUAAAUGGUGGAGGAGAAUACAGACUGACAGACGCAGCUUCAGUGUCUACAAUCAAACUGUGAACAAACUGUUUCAGAUUUUUCCACUCAGUAUUGAUAUGCCAGGAUCCAGCCCUGAUCGCUGCAGGACUUGUGCAGUGGUGGGGAACUCUGGUAAUUUGAAUGGAUCACAUUACGGACCUCUAAUAGAUUUUCAUGACAUCGUCAUAAGAAUCAACCAAGGCCCAACCAAGGGCUAUGAGAGAGAUGUAGGAAAUAAAACAACACAUCGGGUGAUGUUUCCAGUCAGUGCUACUAAUCUGGACAACAGCACUCAUUUUGUGCUGUUCGCAUUCAAGAUCAGGGAUUUAGAGUGGCUCAUCAAAACCUUCACUCCAAAAAAAAAUUCAAAUGCUGACUCAGGGUUAAAAGCAAACAAGGAUUUGGUGAUGAUCCUCAAUCCAGCUUUCAUGAAGUACGUUCAUUUGAAUUGGCUCGGGAAGAAGGGCCAAUAUCCAUCCACUGGCUUUUUGACUGUGAUUUUCAGCCUCUACAUGUGCGAUGAGGUCAGUGUGUUCGGGUUUGGAGCAGACAAACAUGGAAUAUGGAACCAUUACUUUGAAAAAGUAAAACAUUUGAGUCAGCGUAAAAAAACUGGCAAUCAUCCUGGAUCUGUUGAGGCUGAAGUGCUUCAAGACCUAUAUAAGCACCAGAAAAUUAGUUUAUACAGAGGAUGGUAAUCUGAAAAACAGCAGUUUGGUGUGGUAGUGGGAAAAUACGUUUUAUUUUAAAAUCUUUCCUUGGCUUGGAAUCAAGUGUUUCUUUUCUCCUUCAGUACAACGCCACAAAGUGAUGUCAGUUUUGCAUUAAAAAGAACGUUAUCUCUGAUGAAAUAUUAACAGUUCAGUCAGACAAUGAUAGGUUUAAUACAAGCAGCAUAUAGUUUGAGUUAGGCGCCUAUAGGCUCGGGCCUCCUCACGGAGACAACUAUCCCCCCGAGACUACAGGUGGAUGCUGGGCUGGUGGUGGGGCAGGCGAGCAUCAGCAACGUGGAGGCAUGGAUGUAUAACAAAAACUGCUAAUGUGUGAAACUGUGACGUUUAACUGCUGUACACUCACAGCUAAACAAUGCGUCAUGCCUCUCUGCUCAACAUAUCCACAUUGCUAUGAGAUUAUUAGAUUUAAAUUGUCUAUUUAUACUUUAACAUCACAAAUGUAAUAUUGUUUCGUAAUGUUUUCACUAAAAUAAUACUUCAAAAGAGUAAUUACAGAAAUAGGAAUAGUGUACAUAACUUUUUUUAUAUUCAACAUUCAAAGGUGUUAAUGUUAUGUGCACACAAGCUACAGUGUAGAAAUGGUGAUUGAAAUCUUAAGUCCCGAGUUCCUCCGACAAUACAAGGUACAGAUCUGUCCACCUCUUCUGGGCUAAUGCCAGAACACACCCGUUGUUUUGUAUGUCUUUAUGUUAUAGGGUUCAAGUUUGCACAAUUCAAAUCCUCCUUGUUACAGUACUUCCCAGAUCAGGGAAAAGGGACAGUAACAUAACAGCGACAACCAUGGGAGGACUCUUAACAAGGAGCCUAUAAUUAAAUACAAAAAUAACAAACAAAUAGUAAACAAACAAAAAACCCUCAAUAAUCCAGUGGUAUAAAUAUAGUCUGUAGAGUAACACAGCUUGCCAAUAAAUGAACCGGUACCACUAUACAAUAAGACUACCCUCAUAAAGGGCGUAGUUGGUAAUUCCUUGAUUACUUAGGUUAGGAACACUUUAUAAAUCAUUCAUAAGCUUUUAUAAGACAAGAUAAACAAGCCCACAUUUAUCUGUACUGCUAAGCCUUAGAUUGGCUACUUAGCUUAAGAGAUGCCAAGGUACAACAGAUACCAUGGAUGCUGGCCAAUGAAGAAGAGUAAGGAAGAUAGAUAGCCAAUAUAAGGCUUAGUCAUCUUGCCGAAUAGUGAGCCCGUGGUGAUGUAGGAAAAGUCAAGAGAAAAUAAGAUAAGAUGUACCUUUAUUAAUCUCCAUGGGGAAAUUCAGUACUUAAAGCAGCAACAGAACAAGAAUGAAAAACAGGACAGUGUGGUUCACACAGGAGAAUAAAAUGAUGUACAGGUAAGUAGUGGUGGCUCCUGAUAAUGAUUAAGGUGACCCAUUCAAUAGGUACAUUAAGCAAGACCAUAUCAAUAUGUUGUUAGGUGAUUAACUCAGACUGAGAUUCCAUCUUGUGUCCACUAGAUGGCAACACCCAACAGAAGUAUUUCCCCUCUAGCUGCAGAAGGUACAGGUGGAAAGAGAUGGAGGAAAGUUGCAUCCACGAGCCUCUAUAAGCAGAACUGGUGUGGGUCCACAAUAAAUGAUUCUACUUAUUGUAUUAAUUAUUUACAUGAAUCCAAUGAUGUAUGAUGUAAAAUAGCUAAACAGGACAAAAGAUAUGUUCAGAAACAACAUAAAGACGGGCAGCAUAUUGAGUCAAGUAUGUGUUGACUGAACACCGUGUAGCACAGGGGUGUCAAACUCAAUUUCAUCGCGGGCCACAUUAGCAUUAUGGUUGCACUCAAAGGGCCGGUUUAAGACAAUGUAAAUAUCUAAUAUCCUCCUCCUACGAGGAGCAGAACCCCGGUAUGUCUUACGGUCCAGUGUACUGUUUGCAUAUCCCACGAGCUCGGACGGAAUUGGGGGAAAAAGCGUUCAGUUUUGCUGCCCCAUCAACUUGGAACAAUUUUCAGGCCGAACUAAAAAUGUCUGAACUUGUAUCUUUUAAUGUCUUCCACCGGUUCCUAAAGGACCGACAACACAGAAUAUUUGGACGGUGCCUCUGCCCCUAAUUAUUUCCUAUGAUCGAUUCCUUUGCUCUUGCACUUUGUUGUUAUUGUAUUCACUUGUGGCCCUUUUUAUUGUAAUGUAUCUGUAUCUUGUAUGUUGAUGACGUGUGCUGCUGCCUUCUUGGCCAGGUCACCCUUGAAAAUGAGAUCACGAUCUCAAUGGGUCUUUUACCUGGUUAAAUAAAGGUGAAAUAAAAAUAUAUAAAAUAA